CAUUGUGUUGCUUUUGGAGUAAGCGUGCGACGUUUUGCAUUCCUACGUCACCUCGUAGCUAACUGGUCUGGCAAACUAGGAUUCUUGGCGGUAGCAUCUCACUCAUCAGCUUCCUUGGCCAUGGUGGUUCACUUUUGUUGGGUUUCCAGUAGUAGCACCUUGUAGAGCUCCCUUAUCUAUUGUCUUCUUCUUGCUUUGUUGGUGAGGAAGAAUCCAUCUCCUCCAUCAGUCAGAAGUCAAGGUGAUAACAGGAGUCAAUCCACAAGAGAACUCGGAUACCCCUAUCUAGCUACCGGUAGCUAGUUGAAAAGCAUUCGACAAUCUUCGAAGAGUCGAGUCACUUCACUUAUCUUUCAUAAAAGUGCCUCUAUUCAAAGCUCGACUGACAGUGCAACAUGGCAUCUACGAAUCCCUCUGAUCAGCCAUUGGCCUCUGAAGAAAAGCAAGCAGAUUUGUUGGACAUGAACGAGGGCGAGACCACUACUGCUACCCCUGAUGAAGUGGAUCCUGAUCUGCUGGAUCCCGAGACGGCUCGCACGGAUACCGCCGCCGACGAAGUGGAUCCGGAUCUAUUGGACCCGGAACUUGCCAAGGACGAUGUGAAUGCAGCAGAUCCCGACCUUUUGGAUCCGAAUGAUGCCGAUGAGGCGGAUCCGGAUCUCUUGGAUCCCAACAACAGUACUACGGCUCCUGAUCUCCUGGAUCCAGAGGCUGCUCGAACGGACCCACAAGAAGGUGUUCCCGUGGCGCCUGGCGAAGGAGAUUUCGUCGAUGAUCCCGACGAUGACGACGAAGAAGCAGCCAAGGCACAGGCACGUGGCAUGGCCACUCCUCCCACGGACGAUGAGGAUGAUAUCGAAGACUUUAGUACUCCCUUUGAAGACGAGGGAGGGUUCGAUGACAAACCCGACGAUGACAGUGUGGAGCUCUUUGACGAUGAACUCGUGGGCGAUGACGACGAUGAAGCCGCCCCACUAGCCGAUAACAAGGACGGCAAGAAGAAAAAGAAACGACGCAUCUUUACCAAGUUCAAGAAAAAGCCCAAGGAAGAGAAGGAACCCUCCAAGGCAGAAAAGCGUCGUCGCCGACGAGCCAUUUGUUUGCUCAUCUGCUGCUGUUGCCUCAUCUUGUUGCUCAUCCUUCUAUUGAUCUUUUUGGUCUUCAAGAAGGAUACCACGGACGAUACGGUCGAUGAUGAUGGAUACGUCGACGAUGGAUUCGUCGAUGACUUUUUCGGAUUUGGCGACGGAUUGGUCCCUGACAAUGUUCAGACCACACCAUUUGAUCCCUACGUCAAGGGAGACUGUGAUUUCUCCGACAACUUUCAACCCCAUGCCAUUUCCCAGUGCGAAUGCUAUGGCAAGAUUACGGUGGUGGCCGAUGACAUUCGCGAGCUCUACACCCUCCUCAAGACCCGGCUCAUGCCCGAACUCUACUCCACUUCCGAGGACGGCGAGGGCUGGACCGAACCCAUUACCAGCUGCGAUCCCCGUAACCAGGCCCUCUUGUGGUUAUCCAGUGGAGAUACCCGUCGGUCGGGUGAUCUGGUUCAAAGGUUCUUGACGUCCACUGCGUUCAUUUCCAUGAACGGAACCAAGUGGGAUUAUAAGAAUCUAUGGUUGUCGGAUCAAAACGAGUGUCUCUGGCUUGGAUUGCAAUGUAACAAACGGUUCCAGAUCCAUUCUCUGGCUUUGGAUACCAUCAAUAUUUUCGGAACAGUUCCCUCCGAAAUCCGUCUCUUCCGUGGCCUCACGACCUUGUCCAUUACUCGUUCCCACAUCACCGGGCAAAUUCCAACCUAUAUCUUUAGCAUCCCGAACUUGAGAGAUUUGCGAUUCUAUGCCAACCAAAUGACGGGGAGUAUCCCCUCCGAAGUCGGUCUUGCCACGGCCUUGGAAGUCCUCAAGCUGGAGAACAAUUGGAUGUAUGGAACACUCGUGUCAGAGUUAGGUUUGCUUACCAACCUUCGAUCAUUAUCCCUUGGUUUCAAUCAGUUCAUUCGACACUUGCCGACUGAACUGGGAAUGUGGACCAAGCUUACUUCACUCGUCCUGGAGGACAAUCGCAUUUCGGGAACAUUCCCAACUCAGAUGGGACAGUGGACGGCCCUCGAAAAGUUGCUCAUGACAGAAAAUCUCAUGACGGGAGGUCUGCCAACGGAGAUUGGUUUCAUGACGAGCAUGAGGGACGUUCGUUUGGCGGAUAUCGGAAUGCACGGACCCAUUCCAUCGGAAAUCGGCCUGUUGACGGACCUGAAUCGUUUGGAUCUCGGAGAGCAGCACUUUUCAGGAACCAUCCCCACCGAGACGGGACAGCUCUCCAAUAUGUACUUUUUGGCGCUUUUGAAGAACGACCUGACAGGGCCAAUCCCCACGGAGUUUGGCAAGCUCACCAACAUGACUCGUCUGGACAUGCAGGAGUUGCACUUGGAAGGAACUCUGCCCUCGGAAAUCGGUGAAAUGAGUCUGCUCAAGGAUUUUGCCCUCGACGAAAACGAUAUUAUCAGUACUAUACCUCCUGAAGUGUGUGAGCUGAGAGAAAAGAAAUUGGCAAAGUUGAUUGUUGACUGUCCAACCAAGAAUGGGCGAGGUGUUGGUAACUGGACUGACCAUACCGAAAAUGGCCUUGACGAUUUGCUUGCAGUGGAAGGCAACUGUUUUACCAUCUGUAGAAAAGGCGCCUAGCAGGCAUCUUCAACUCCCUUUUCGGGGAACCAAAUUUCUAAUAAAAAGGGAAAGCAACUUAGAGAAAACUCUACAAAGAAGUAAAGUGCCGAGGCAUUGAUAGUUAACCAUACAUAUUUUUAUUGACAAGCACGAG